UCUACAGCGCGGAAGUAUGGGAUGGUACCCUCAGUAAGGGGUACUGAGAAAGGGAGUUUUUGGGGUGACAUAGGGAAGCUUUCCCUCCAGACAGAGUCGAUGUUCGAAAGAUGCUGAGGAGUACUAGCAGAUGGAGUCGUCUUGAGCAUUACGUUCAGGUUCUACUUGUUAAGAAGAAGAUUGAGCUCGACCGGUGGAGGGAUCCAAUUGCAAGAAGUUUCUUGAACUAUGAUAACAAUUCCCUUGCUUCUCUUCCCCCCUCGUUUGUGAAAGGAAUUCCUUCAUUCCUAGCCCGAAAUAAUGUAUUAAACGGUUCCAAGCCAAUUCUCUGAUGAAGGGGAGGUAUUUAGUUGGUAGUCCAACGGCGCAUCGUUUCGGGAGUCCAACACUUUUUGCGUAAACGUAUUCACCUACCGUACUCACAAAAAACGCGGAUAUUUUGGGCAUGAGAUAUGUGUCAGCGAAGUUUGUUCCGAAACUGCUUAAUUGUGAUCAGAACGACCGUUGUGGCACCAUCGCUCAGAGGCUGUUGAAAGACGUCAAGGAUAAUACUGAAUUGCUCAAAACGGCCAUAACGGGGGAUUUGGCCCUCGAUCAUCUUUUCCUGAGGAGAUUAAUGAAAGGACGGAUAUUUGUAACGAUUGAGGAGAUAAAAACUGCAUCGUCGGAACAGCUGAAGACUAUACCAGCAAGUGUUCAUCAGAAGUGUUUCGAAGAUUGGGAAAAGCGCUGGCUCAAGCGUAUUAUAACUGGGGCGAAUUAUUUUGAAGGGAAUUGAUGGAUUCAUGAAUAAAUAAAUAUUUUUUGAUAAAAAUAAAAACUCACCUCACUUGUUGAUCACACCUCGUGCAUCCAUAUUUUAGUUAAAAACGUUUCUGGAAAUUGUUGUCAGAGUUUCGAUUUUUUAGUUAUGAAAAUAUAUUGAAUUUACAUUUUUCUUUUCUUUG